AUGGCACCAUCAUCAUGUUUUGUGGCCCUUUUCACUUUGUCUUGCACCUUGCUUCUCCUAAUGGGGUGCUCCGAUGCCCAGCUCUCCCCUGAUUUUUAUUCAAAAUCGUGUCCCGACGCCUUCACCGGGGUCAAAUCCCAGGUGGAAUCCGCUGUUAGCAAGGAACCUGGAAUAGGAGCCUCCCUCCUCCGCCUGUUCUUCCACGAUUGCUUUGUGAAUGGCUGCGAUGGAUCGGUUCUUCUCGACGACACACCAACGUUCACUGGUGAAAAGAACGCAGCUCCAAACCGAAACUCUGCCAGAGGAUUUGAGGUCAUAGACGAUGUCAAGUCUGCUGUGGAGAAAGUGUGCCCCGGUGUUGUUUCUUGCGCUGACUUGUUGGCCAUCACCGCUCGUGACUCCGUCGUCUUGCUUGGAGGGCCAAGCUGGAGCGUGAAACUCGGGAGGAGAGAUGCAAGAACCGCGAGCCAAGCAGCUGCUAACAGUAGCCUUCCCUCUCCAGCCUCAAACCUUACCGACCUAAUAUCUAGCUUUGAAAGUGCUGGCCUCUCCACGACAGACUUGGUGGCUUUAUCUGGUUCACAUUCGAUAGGGCAAGCGAAAUGUGCAAAUUUCAGAGCCCGGAUCUACAAUGAGACCGACCUGGACCGUUCCUUCGGUGAGAUAAGGCGGAAGAACUGCCCAAGCUCAGCUGGCCCGGGGGACAACAAUCUAGCCCCACUCGAUCUGCAGUCUCCCGUUGCAUUUGACAACACUUACUACACCAACCUUCUCCAAUUCAAAGGACUGCUUCACUCCGACCAGCAGCUCUUCAGUGGCGGCUCCACGGACUCACUGGUGAGGACAUAUGCCAGCAGCCCGAGCACCUUCAGCUCUGACUUCGCAGCGGCCAUGAUCAAGAUGGGGGACAUCCUGCCCCUCACCGGAUCAGAUGGCGAAGUCAGGAAGAACUGUAGGAAGAUCAAUUAAGACAAUAAUUGUCUUCACCUGAUGGGAAUAAAAAUUUCUUCCCCGACUCGCUACUUUAAGAACUAAGGCAUAUAGAAGUAUU